CAAGCGCCGACCUGUAGGUCGUUUUUCUGACUCCCUGAGUUCGAACUCUGGUAUUCGUUCCGCCAUGCCUGACCCAGUGCGCGUCUUGGUCACAGGGGCCGCCGGCCAAAUAGGGUACUCCCUCGUACCCCUGAUUGCUAGGGGCCAUUUAUUGGGACCAGAUCAGCCCGUCAUUUUGCACCUUUUGGAUAUCCCAGCAGCCGUGCAGUCUCUUGAAGGACUCGAGAUGGAGCUGUUGGACGGCGCGUUUCCUCUCCUGCGAGGAAUUGUAGCAACAACAGACAUCUUACACGGGGCGGCUGGCGUGAAGGUGGCAGUGAUGCUUGGCGGGUUUCCUCGGAAAGAAGGCAUGGAGCGCAAGGACGUGAUGGCCAAGAAUGUCACAAUCUAUAAAACCCAGGCCACUGCAUUGGAGGCGCACGCUGACAACGACGUGAAGGUGGUUGUGGUUGCUAAUCCAGCAAACACGAAUGCGCUCAUCUUGAAGGAGCAUGCCCCGAAGAUCCCCAGCAAGAACAUUACCUGUUUGACCAGGCUGGACCACAACAGGGCAGUUGCGCAGAUUGCACAUCGUGCUGGGUUGCCUGUUCCGAAUGUAAGAAAUGUGAUCAUUUGGGGCAACCACUCUUCCACUCAAUACCCAGAUGUGAACCAUGGUAUUGUGAAGACUUUGGACGGGUCGAAGAAACCCAUUAGAGAGGUUAUAAAGGAUGAUGCAUGGCUGAAUGGUGAUUUCAUCAAGACUGUUCAGCAGCGUGGAGCAGAGGUCAUCCGAUUGAGGAAAUUUUCCAGUGCUCUUUCUGCUGCCAAUGCCGUCUGCGACCAUGUGUACAACUGGGUCAGGGGAACACCAGAGGGCCAGUGGGUGUCCAUGGGAGUUUCCUCAGAUGGAUCAUAUGGUGUUCCUGUUGGUCUUAUGUUCUCCUUCCCCGUCAAGACUAGGAAAGGGGAAUGGGAAAUUGUGAAAGGUCUGAAGAUCGACGCCUUCUCCAAAGAGAAAUUGGACGCGACGACGGCUGAGCUUGUUGAGGAAAAGGCGCUUGCAGAUUCCAUCAUCAAGGGAAGUUCUCAAUAGAGCAUCUCCCCAGUGUCGUUUGGCAUAUCCGUUAAAACUUAAAAUUGGAACAAUACAGAGAACGAAGAUUAGCAGCAUGGCCCCUGCGCUUUCAAGGAUGACAUGGAAUUGCAUAAAAGAGCAGCUUCCUAAUGACUAAGGCUGUUGCAGAAAAAAAGGCCUCUGCACUGCUUGCAGACUAUUAUUGUCAGACAAAUCUGUCAGAGCUUGGAACUUUGGGUACAUCCCUCAACUGUCGAAGAAUAGCUUUGUGUAUGUAGUAAGUACUGUUGAAGAAUAGCUUUGGGUAUGUACUAUGUACUGUUGAAGAAUAGCUUUUGGGUACCAGCUGGGCUAGCUCAGUUGGUUACAUCCCUGAACUGUUGAAAUGUAGACCUGAGUUCAAACUCCAGUGGAAGCAGAUUAGUAAAAUACCCAGGGCUGU